UGGCCGCGCCCAUCUUAGACAAACAUUGUAAGGACAAAGGGUAAAAUCAGAAAAAUUCAUGUUUUGUCUGAAACGCUACAAAGGUACUGAAAAUGACUUAUCGAAUUUGGAAAGAGAAUGACUCUGACUCAUUUUUUGUCCUUGCCAACACGACGAAAAUCAACUUUUCAAGGUCACGACGAUAGAGGGCCGCUUCAUACAGGUAGUUCAAGACAUUCACUCGCACAUCCACAAUUAUCAAAUUAUCAAUUGCAGUUAGCUGCACAUUUGAAUAGGUUUGUUCAAGCCACUGGCGAAGUAGUUAAAAUAAACGUCGGAGGACAAAUAUUCCAGACUUACCGAGGUACUUUACACAACGUUCCAAGAACACGGCUUUCAGAGCUUGACACUACAAGCCCAAAUUAUGAUUCCGAAACAAAAUCUUACUUUUUUGACAGAAAUCCUGUUAUCUUCCAGUGCAUUUUAGAUUUCUAUAGAGACGGAGUAAUGCACAUUCCUCGUGAUGUAUGUGUACGGCAAAUUGAAAAUGACUUGUCAUUCUGGGGGCUGGGCUUUUCAAAUUUAGCCGAUUGUUGCAGAAGAUAUUUGGAAGAGUCUCUAAAUGAAAUAGCAUCAUAUGAAGCAUUGAUAGAUGAAGUCAGGAACGUUCCAAAUAACCUUUAUAGUGUUCACAGUAAAACGUAUAAUCGUUAUGAUUACUCAUCUUGGAGAAUUCGCAUCUGGGAGUUUUUGGACGAUUUUACAUCGUCAAAAAGCGCUAAGAUUUGGCAUGCCGUUUACAUGAUCUUAGUAAUGAUUUCUAUAUUGUCAUUCUUUUGUGCCACUUUGGAAGAGUGUCGUGUCUCACUCGAAGAGUCUAUAUACCGAUUUGGAUGCUGCACAAACGAGACACAGGAACUUGCAAGUGACGAGAUUCCUAAAAUUAAAAAAUUGUUGAAUACAGUGCCACAUCCGGUGUUACAGAUUAUCGAAUUGGCUUGUCUGAUUUUCUUUACAGUGGAAUUUGUGUUCCGAUUUGUGGUAUGUCCAUGGAAAUUAAGACUCUUAAAGAACUUUACAACGCUGAUAGAUAUGCUUUAUAUUUUGCCUGCAUGGAUGGUUUUAUUCGUAGAAAUAACACAUGGAACGUUUUGGCAUACGAAAAACGGCGUCACACUGUUUAUAAUUAUAGAGGCGAUCGAAAUUUUUCGAGUGUUAAGAAUAUUCCGCUUCAUCAAGCACCACCAAGGACUGCGGAUACUCUAUCUUGCAAUUAAGAGUAGUGUUCCAGAACUUUCACUUCUUCUUGUGUUUGUGGUUUUUAACACUACUAUCUUCGCUAGCUUUAUAUAUUGCGCCGAAGCUUUUACACCUGAUAAUUUUGAAAAUGCUUUUCACGGUAUGUGGUGGGCUUUGAUAACCAUGACAACGGUAGGGUACGGAGAUAUGUUCCCAAAGUCGUGGCUUGGUUAUAUUGUAGGCAGUUUUUGUGCUGUAUUGGGGAUAAUUAUGAUACAAAUGCCCGUACCGAUAAUUGUUAGCAACUUUCAUGCUUACUAUCGCCUGAGAUUUUCCACUGACGUUAACGAAACGAACGUAGAUACUUCAAAUUUAGAGCUACCAAAGCCAGUACUACCAUCAUCUGAAGAAGAAUAUAACAGUCAAACAAGUAUUCCAGGACCUUCAGUGAAAAGUUCUGAAGUUUCAGCAAGCUCUCCAGAAAGCAGAUCUAGUUCGCCAGAACCUCCUCCACGAAACCGAAUGCGAAUACCGCCAAUAAACAAAGUGAGUAUUGUUGUUUCAAAAGACUACCUGGGAUCAGAUAUAGAGGAAUGUAUAUAAUAUAUAUUGAUGUUGUUUGUUACGAUUAAAUGAAUUAUAUAAUGUUGUCAGUACAUGCAUACAUGGCAUGCUGUAACUAAAUUUUAUGCAAAGAAUAUAUUAUUUGUUUAACAAAUUUUUAUGUGAUGCUGUGAAGAUUUUAUUUAGCUGUAGCAAUGCUGUGGUAAAUUUAGAAUGAUGUGUGUGUGUGUGUGUUUGUUUGUUAUAUUUAUUUACACAAACAUCUAAAAUAAUGUUAUUGCUUUGACAGAACGAAAGUAUAUUAUGAGGUCAGAUUUGUAUUAUAUAUAAAUGAACCUAAACUA